UCCGCAAACCCACGAGUUCCGGAAGCUUGUGGACCGCAGGUUCGGCUUAGAAAAGCCAAGCUUCCCAGAGAUGUUUCAGAAACAGUUACUUGGAGCGGGGCGUUUCGCAGACUCCUAAGUGUGCUUUCUCCCUCAAAGACUCAGGAGUAUCAGUUUUCUGAGAGAAAAGAUGAGUGCCAUGCUUAAAAUGUAUUUGUGAAGAAAGGCCAAAGUAACGGGAGAUUCCGUCUCCAGGUUUUAAAAAAAAAAGUUUGUGUUACCUCCAGAUACUUGAGUAAAUAUAUCAUAAGUGAAAUAGAGACCUUCAGAGAAGGCAUGGCUUCCGGAGACGAGAAUGCAGAGCGGAGGAACAGAGUGCUAAGAAUCAGCCAGUUGGAUGCACUUGAACUAAACAAGGCCCUGGAGCAGCUCGUUUGGUCCCAGUUUACUCAGUGCUUUCAUGGAUUUAAGCCGGGGCUGUUAGCCCGCUUUGAACCAGAGGUGAAAGCAUUCUUGUGGCUUUUCCUGUGGAGAUUCACCAUCUACUCUAGAAAUGCCACAGUGGGACAGUCAGUGUUGAAUAUUCAGUACCAGAACGAUCUUUCCCCAAACCUGAGCUACCAGCCACCGAGCAGAAAUCAGAAGCUCUGGUACGCUGUCUGUACGAUUGGUGGCAAGUGGUUAGAAGAACGAUGCUACGAUUUGUUUCGGAACCGUCACAUCGCAUCCUUCAGGAAAGCCAAGCAGUGCAUGAAUCUGGUGGUCGGACUUCUGAAGUUAGGCGGGUUGAUUAAUUUCUUGAUCUUCCUCCAAAGGGGCAAGUUUGCAACUUUGACCGAACGUCUACUGGGCAUCCAUUCUGUCUUUCACAAGCCCCAAAGUGUCCGAGAAGUGGGCUUUGAGUAUAUGAAUAGGGAACUCCUCUGGCACGGCUUUGCCGAGUUUCUAAUUUUUCUCCUCCCACUAAUCAACGUCCAGAAGUUGAGAGCCAAGCUCUCUUCAUGGUGUGUCCCACUGACUGGAGCCCCAGGCAGCGACAGCACGCUGGCAACCAGUGGCAGACAGUGUUCUCUGUGUGGGGAGUGGCCCACCAUGCCGCACACCAUUGGCUGCGAGCAUGUCUUUUGCUACUACUGCGUGAAGAGUAGCUUCUUAUUUGACAUGUCCUUCACUUGUCCUAAGUGUGGCACAGAAGUCCAUAGCCUGCAACCCUUGAAAUCGGGCAUUGAGAUGGCAGAAGUGAGUGUCCCUUAGAAACUAAAGUUGUUCUCCUAGAAGAACUGUAUUAUGUCUAAAUCCUUAGCAUGAGUCAUCCUGAGUGUACUACUUAGAUGUGUUUUAUGAGGACACGUGCUUCUCAGCCACUGCCUUCUGUUCCUUCCCAGGCACAACUACAUUCUACUCGUCCUGGAAACCACAUGAUCCUCAAUAUGUGAUAUAAAUGGUAACAUGCUAUUUUUUUUUUAAUCAUUGUGUAUAAUUUUUAACAUCAAGAAUAAUGGACAGUUUCUGGUGGUUUUUUUUUUUUUUAACAAAUGACCACUAAGAAUGUGCCUUCAUUCUGUCACUUCCUGGAAGGAGUGAGACUAAAAAUAAAAGAUUAUGGAGACUC